CCAGGUUCCUGGAAGAGCAUUCACAGUUUUGCAGCCUGAGGUUUGCUUUUGAACACACAGACAGAGUCUGGAUUACAGUUUAACAUGUUGCUGGCUGUGGCGGUUCUGAGCAGCAUAGUGCUAUGGACGCACUCAUUCAACUCCUCUGAUAUUCUGCCCCAGGCAGAUUUUGACCUCGAAAGGAUUCAGCACUUGAUCAAACAACCCUCUUGGACUUUAGCUGCAUCUGUAAACCUUGUCACUCUGGCAGAGGCCUGUGAAUGGUUUCGUGUUGGCUUUGCCUAUGACCACCCAAUAGUUAUUAAAUACAGAAGCAAAAUGCUAAUCUCAAAAGGUCAACUGAUUGCUAAUGAAAAUGGAGGAGCCAACCUUACCAUGUGGACCAUGAAUAGCCAAAAGACAUGUGAUCUAAGUUUGUAUGCAUAUGAGAAGACAGAGCUUCCUGGAGUUUUCACUUAUUUCAGUCAACGGCACAAGAUUGAAAAGGACAUUACAGUGGUGGAGACGAACUACACUGACUAUGGACUCGUCCUGAAAUAUAAGGACAUGAACAAAGACUACACUCAGCUGGCUCUCUAUGGACGAAAGCCAGAACUCAGGCCGGAGGUGGUAGAACAUUUUAGAUCAUUUGCCUUGUCUAUUGGGUUUCCUGAGGAGGCCAUCGCUACACCAGCUAUUGUGGACCCAUGCCCUCUUCCAGAGUCAAGUAAUAUGACCGAAUUGCUGGACUAGAAGAGACCAUGUUCGCCCUUUCGUUGGUCAUCGGUUCAGCUGACCUUGUAGCAGUGAAGUAGUUUAAAUAGGACUGUUAUCCAGAUGUUAUCCAGUUUGGUAAAGAAAAAUUCUGUGCAACCUUGUCGUUAUUUUCUAAUCAUGUUUAUUUCUCUUAUGUACAGUACAUUCCAAGUAGUAACAGACUGAAGCAGUUAUAUACUGUUAAUUCUGUAAAGUUAUGGAAUUUCUUAUUUGCUAUUAUCAUUUACAACUAGUAAAAAAAAAAAAUACUGCACCAUUUCAUGUGUAGCCUGUGAUAUUUCUUUUUCACAGCAGAGGUCAGUGUAGUAAAGUGCUCUAGGCAGAUUCGGCGAGGUCACAGAGUUAACACUGUCCAGCUGUUUUAACCUUUGAUGGUCUGAGCCUCAUACAUCAUAAGAAACAAAAGUACAUGAGAAAAUAAGACAUUAUCAUGACUUUUUCUUCUAUUUCUUGAGGCGGAAUUUACCAGGGUUGCCAAGUCUCCUGUUUUUCUGUGGACUUGCCAAGUUUGCAGCCACAGGCUUAUUUUUCUGUUUAUUGGUUGGGUUUGAGCAUACAUCAGAUUAAUUCUGUCAAAGUUUUCCCAGAUAAAUACUUAAGCUGAUUGGUUUUAUUAACCCUUAUUUUUGGCUCAAUUCAAAAUGACCCCUUUUUAUUUUAUUGAUGCUAAAAAAUGAUAUGUUCUUUACACUGCAAAGAUAUUAUACUAGAUAAUCAGUUAAGAACCUGUAGAAGCAAAUGUAACUAAUAUUUCUCUUUAUUAGACUAUUUCCUGAUGUUUUAAUUCAUUUCAAGCUUGAAUAUUAUGUCUAGAACUAGGCUUAACGAGCUUGCGUUUGUUAUAAUAAUGUCAAAAUGAGAAAUAUUAGAUAGCUCUUUUUUACUUGCACUUUUCUCUAACGUAUAAUACUACGAUACAUAACUGUAAAUGUGAACCUUAAAGGUAAUGUUACCACAUGUCCCAGUCUUUCUUAUUUCUAAUCCUACCUAUAGCCUACACACACACACACACACACACACACACAGUCACACAUCUUUGCCAUGCAUCCUGUUUUGUUACUGUGUUUCUUUAAGUUCUAAAGUGAUAAUAUGAGUGAAUGCGACAUUUUAUUGAUUUAAUACAAGCAGAACAUGUGGUUUAACACAAAGGCUAAACGCGUAAUAAAUGUCUAAUAAAUGCAUGUAUAUGGGCUGUGGUUAUGAUUAAAGUGCACAUGAAAUGA